UCUCUCCAAACAACUGACUGCUCUCAUCUCCCAUGGCUCCGUAAUAUUUGUGUGUGUGUGUAUGUGUGUGUGUGGGGGGGGGUGUUUUUAUCUCCCUGUCUGUGUGUGUUUGAGAAAGUGAUUCAGUCUCUCUUUCUGUGCGAUGGCACUACUGCCUAAGGAGGCAGAACGAUUCGAUGGGCUAUCUCUGCUAUACUGGACCGUCAUGGGGCCUCACGGCAUCAACCGGGCCAUCGAGAGACUGGAGUUCUGCGACUGCAAGAAAGGACUGGGGGUGAAGAUCAUCGGUGGCUACAGAGAGCAGACACGUGAGGAGUUUGGGAUCUUCAUCAAGCGGGUGUUACCGGGAGGGCUGGCUGCUCAGGAUGGGAGGCUUAGAACGGGCGACCUCAUUUUGGAAGUCAAUAAUAUGAGUUUAGGAGGAGUAACCAACGAGAGGGCGGUGGAUAUCCUCCGGUCAGCGUCCGCCUCCAAUCACAUGUCUCUGAUGGUUGCCAGGGACGAUGAAAGCAGGCGGGAGUUCAUUGAGUUGAUGAAUAAGUAUGGCUCCCACAGCAGUUUUAAAGGAAGCUCAGGGAGGGUCUCCCCUACACAGCUCUCUACAGGAGGCAAGACAGACACGGCCUCCUCAUCUUCCUCCUCCAGAUCUACCAGUCCCACCAGCCAGCUCUUCAGUCCUAAAGAGGGGGUCACAGGACCUCCCUAUACCACUGGGCCCCCCUAUACGUCAAACCCCAACACAGGCCCUACACAGCCCAUCUUCAAUGACAGCAUCAUUCAGUUGAUAUGCAUCUCAAAAGGAACAGGCCUGGGCCUCAUCAUCAAGGGUGGAGCUAACCGAGCCGAGGGACCAAUGGUGUUGAUUCAGGAAAUAGUGCCUGGAGGAGACUGCCAGAGGGACGGUAGACUACAGCCAGGAGACCAGCUGGUAUCGAUUAAUAAGGAGUCGUUAAUCGGAGUGACUUAUGAGGAGGCUAGAAGUAUCCUGACACGCACCAAACUCAGACCAGACCCUACGGUGGAGAUAGCAUUUAUGAGACACAGGACUUCCACCAGUUCUGCUUCCUCCAGCAGUGGCCCCCAGGGUCCUUUCACCCCACAGGACGCAGCCAGUGGAGCCACCUCAGUGCCCCCCACCAGGAGAGGGACCCUGGCUGUACUGGGGGCCCUGCCUCCCCCUCGGUCACUGCUCCAGCACAGGAGAACCACGCUCCCUGCAGCCCUCCCUGGAGCUCCCCUGGUGGUGCCCAAGAUCACCUCCACCCUCAACCCCGCCAGCGAGACCCUGCCUUCUGUCAACCUCAGCCAGGUGCGAAUGAGGACAGAACAGACGUGUGUCUCCUCCCCUCCUCAGAGUCCCAGCACCACAGACGCCAAGCCUGAAUCCUCCACUGUAUGGCAGCCAGUCAGCAGUCUCGUACCACAAAGGAAGUGCUCCCUCAGCUCCAUCUGUCGCCUCAAACUGGAGAGGCUGGAGCAGGCUCUGGAUGCAUUGGGACUGAAUCCUACAGAGGCACAGAGACAGACGUUGAGGGCCAGACUACAAACAGACCCUGCUGGGACAGUGGCCUACGCUGACUUUGAGACGCUGACGCGGGAGCUGUUCAAGCUACAGUUUGAGGAGUCAGAGGCGGGAGGUCAGAGGUUAAAGUUUGUGUCAGAAGACCUCUCCAGCCUCCUAGAGUCACCCACCAAAUCACGGUCUUCACUGUCUGACUCUGAUGACCUAGAGGAGAUGGAGAGACUGAGGAAAGACCACAUCGAGGCUCUGAGAGAAAUCAAGAAACUACAGGAGCAGUUGGCAGAGUCCGAGAGACUUCAACUGCAGAUGCAGGGAGAGCUGAACAAUGUCAAACAGGAGGUCAAGUCUGGAGUUGAGGAGAGCCGUGCACUGCGGAGCAGGAUCCACCUGUCUGAGGCAGCCCAGAAGCAGGCCAGAGGGAUGGAGAUGGAUUAUGAGGAGGUGAUCCAUCUCCUGGAGGCUGAGAUAGCUGAGCUCCAGACCCAGAGGACAGAGCAGCCCGGCCAGUCCAGCCAGGUGCAGGAUGAGGCAGAGGAACUGAAGAAGAGAGUGGCCGUUCUGGAGUGUCAACUAAGGAAGAACGAGGAGGCCAAAAAGGGUUUUGAGGUGUCCAUGGGUAAACUGCUCAACUUCGUGGAGAAUGUCCAAGACUUCCUCAUUGAAAAUCAAGGACCUGUGAAGAGCUACAGCUCCAGUGACGUGAAGGCUGGAGCCUCCUCUCAGCCCCUGGGAGCCCGGGUGGGGAAGAAGUCCCAGUGGACGGCCGCCACACUAACCGCGGAGGCUAAAGAACUCACACGGACUGUUAGCGCCAUUCUGGAGGUGGAGUAUCUUCCAUAUGGAUGGGAAGAGGCAUACACUGCAGAAGGAGUCAAAUACUUCAUCAAUCAUGUGACGCAGACGACAUCGUGGACCCAUCCGGUGACCUGCAGCCUGGCUCUGGGGUUGGGGCUGUCUGAGAGAGAGGGGGAGGUAUCAGCCGACGGACAGGAAGACAACACAGCCACCCCCAGCCCCGACCACACCAAGACUUAGACCUGGGACAGUUCCAUAGGAACUGCAGAAUCUUUGCAGAAUCUUUAGAUAAACGUGUAUUGAAUAGACUAGAUAUUGUGUGUCUUGGAAUUGGAUAAUAGAGAGGCCUCGCAGGCAGCUCUGUAUAUAACAUUUCUAUCUGAACGUUCUGUCGUGUUGCUAUUCCCCAAGCGAAGAAAAAACACCAGGCAUUGGUGAAAUAACACCAGUCUUCCUGUACAAAUAGAGAUUCAGUAGAACCCUAGAGGUGGAUACAGAGACAACUACCUGAAACCCUUUAGGAGCCCCAACAAAAUAUUGUCUUUAAAAUCAUAUAAGUAGCCACACAUAAUGUUUCAUUAAAUGGCAGUGUACGUUAGCUGUUCUGGUGAAUAUACAGUUUAAACUUUAUAUAUAUAUUUUUACAUUGAAACCUAUCCGGAAUUGGGCUGAGCAGUGUAUAGACAGUUAAUUAAUUGUGUUAAAAUGAAUUGCACAAGGCUAGCUUCCCCAUUCGAUGGAGUUGAUUCAUGACUCUUAUUAUAUCGCUGUGGGUUUCUAAAGAGUUACUGGAGUUGCCUCUCCUCCUUCUCUAUUAUAUGUGUAUGCUGCUAUUUAUUCCUAUUACCUCUAUGAGGAACAGUGACCAAGCCCUCUCUCUCUUCAUCUCUCUAUCAACUUACACAUAAGUCUUUACAAACAAUUUCACAACCCUCCAUAUUUUUCAACCUUAGAAGCCAGCUUCACAAUGUCUAAUUUUCUUUUCCGAAGCAAAACAGGUUGGAGAAAACUCCAGUUUUUCUGUUUGCUCCCUGAGCUGCACCUUGGAAUGCCAUUCCGAGAGGUCCACAUUCCGAAAUCGGAAUUGUCUUCUGAAUCAAAAUAUACCAGAAUCUACUGCUGAAAGCUCGGCCUAACAUGCUAUAUUUUGACCUUUCUCUUCCUUCACCAGAACUGUUAUGGCGGAGAGGCAAAGGAUUGAGAAGAAGAGUUGGCUUGCAUCUUGUCCAUUGGUCAGAUAAGAGUUGGCUUGCAUCUUGUCCAUUGGUCAGAUAAGAGUUGGCUUCCAUCUUGUCCAUUGGUCAGAUAAGAGUAGGCUUGCAUCUUGUCCAUUGGUCAGAUAAGAGUUGGCUUACAUCUUGUCCAUUGGUCAGAUAAGAGUUGGCUUGCAUCUUGUCCAUUGGUCAGAUAAGAGUUGGCUUGCAUCUUGUCCAUUGGUCAGAUAAGAGUUGGCUUGCAUCUUGUCCAUUGGUCAGAUAAGAGUUGGCUUGCAUCUUGUCCAUUGGUCAGAUAAGAGUUGGACAGAUUAUUGCCAGGUGUCUUUAGGUUGUAAUAAUGUAACACAUUGUUUUUAAAAGAGUUAUGGAAUGAAAGCAUGCAAUAGCAAGGGUAGUUAUCAAACAUCAUCCUAUUUGCUGUUAGUUAACCUGCUCUUUAGCCUGUAGUAUUUGAUUUGAUUUACUCACUAGUUGAGCCCAGUGUUGCUAUUUUUAUCCAAAAUACAUUGAUAACAUGUCUGUUCUGUGUCCUGUAGCGCUGCUACCUCCAUUAAGAGAUCAAUCAAACAGUAUUUCAAAUGUAUAAAAGGCUGCGUUUACACAGGCAGCCCAAUUCUGAUCUUUUGCCACUUUGCGUCUUUUGAUUAAUCAGAUCAGAUCAGAUCUUUUGCCGAUAAUUGGGCAAAAGAUCAUCAUUGUGCUGCCUGUAUAAAUGCAGCCUAAUACAACAUGUCAAGUGUGUUGUGUUCAUGUCUAACCAACCAUUACCAGUGUUUUGCAUAAUAUUACAUGUUAUACUAAGUAUGUAUGAAGUCCUCACAAGGAUACUAAAACAAGGGAAAUUGGGCAGUUUUGGGUUAGGUUAAGAGUUAGGGCUAGAGCUAGGGGUUAACGUAAAUAGGAUUUUGAAUGGGAAUCAAUUGUUUGGUCCCCAGAGAAAUAGUAAAACAAACAUGUGUGUUUUGUGUGUGUGUGUCCAAGCCAAUAUCGACCGUGCCCCAGGCUGGGAGUAUUGAUUUUCCCUCUCUAGCAUGUGUGGUUAAAUAUAUCCCCUUCCUCUGGAAACACCAAUCACAUGACACACACACACACUCUCUCUCUUUCUCGUUCUCUCUCUCGUUCAAAGUUCUGUGUUCCAUAGAGCCGUGACAACGAACAGUAUCAGCGAUGUUGAUACCGUCUCCCCACAGCUCCAUAGUUCCAUAGUGACAGUGUUCCAUACACUCUUAGAAAAAAGGGUUCCAAAAGGGUUCUUUGGCUGUCCUCGUAGAGAACCCUUUUUGGUUCCAGGUAGAAGCCUCUGUGGAAAGGGUUCUACAUGGAACCUAAAAGGGUUCUACCUGGAACCAAAAAUGGUUCUUCAAAGGGUUCUCCUAUGGGGACUCCCAUAUAACCCUUUAUUUUCUAGAUAGCACCUUUUUGUGUAGUGUAGUGACAGUGUUCCAUAGCGGCAGUGUUCCAGCUACUGACUGACUGGCUGGCUGGCUGGCUAGCUGGCUGACUGACUAGCUAACUGGCUGGCUGGCUGACUGACUAGCUGACUGGCUGACUGACUAGCUGACUGGCUGGCUGACUGGCUGACUAGCUGACUGACUAGCUGACUGGCUGGCUGGCUGGCUGGCUGACUAGCUGACUGGCUGACUGACUAGCUGACUGGCUGGCUGACUGGCUGGCUGGCUGACUGGCUGACUAGCUGACUGACUGGCUGGCUGGCUGACUGACUGAGUAGCUGACUGGCUGACUGACUAGCUGACUGGCUGGCUGGCUGGCUGACUGGCUGACUGGCUGACUGGCUGGCUGGCUGGCUGACUGGCUGACUAGCUGACUAGCUGACUGACUGGCUGGCUGGCUGGCUGACUGGCUGACUAGCUGACUGGCUGACUGGCUGGCUGGCUGGCUGGCUGACUGGCUGGCUGGCUGGCUGACUAGCUGACUGGCUGACUGGGCACGUUUGAGUGUUAAGCUGAAAGUAGCCGUCUGUAGAUGGAAGCCAGCGAGUAAAGUCGGGAGAGGUACAUAUGCACUGACAGCAAGUCGGCCAACUUCUGCUGUUUCUAGGAAGCACAACAAUGUGAGAUAUGUUCACCUUUGCUAUUGCCAAUGAAGUGGAUGCUAUCGAAAUUCCACUUCUCCUACACAAAGAUGAACACGAUCAACAUGGUCCAAGGAAUGAAUAUCCUGAUGAUAAGGACAUUAGAUACCAGCCCAAUCUCUUUAUAACAUUCACAAGACUUGUUUUGUAUUUGUGUGAUGGUUCAGAAAAAUAUAUAUAUAUAUGUUUUAUUGUCACAUACACCGUAGGCUACUAGAAUGAGAACAUAGAGGUGUUUUUGCAGUAUAUUGCAUAUGCUCUGUUGCCAUUGCUAUGCCUAUGUACCCUCCUCAUUAUUAUUUGUGUUUGUGCAACAUGGAAUUGUAAGAGAUGUGAUUAAAUGAAGUCCACAAAGAUUCUUACUGUAUGGUAAUUGAUUACAUGUCAAAUCACCACAGUCUGCAGUGUAUUUAUCUCAUUCUCAACCUGUAUGUUGCUUUUGUCAGUAAGCAUGAUGAACAUAUAUAUAUAUA